UCGUGCAGAAUUCAUGUUCCUUUGCUCUAAUUUCUACUUGUGAAGAAGUAAAGGAGCUUAAGUACAAAAGUAGCUCAUUUAACUUAUGAUCCUUAUGUUAACCUUGUUUAUAUUGUAGUGUGUAUAUUUUGGAUUUAUUGGUAUUUUUACAUUUGCACUCUUUCCUACUUUGUACAGCAACUGCUGCACAACAGUUUCCCUCUAGAUAAAUAAAUCUUAUCUUAAAAGGGCAAAAUUUGGUGUUUUACAUAUUUUUAACAGUAAUGUUAGACUUGAUCUUUAUUUUGCAGUUAAAGAGUCUAAACUAGAUUAUUGUUAUUCAAUGCUGUUAUUCUAUUCUCAGUCACAUGAGAUCACAUGCAACAGAUGAAAAAAUUUGCUCCUCCUACACAAUAUUUUUCUCCAAAAAAAACCCCGUAACCUGUACAUGUAUAAUUACACAAAAUAAAAGACUUUAAUCUCUUUAAAUUUAACGUCAUUGUUAGAUAGUUAAACUAUCUGUUAGGUGAUAAAAAGUGGACUCACAGCAAGGCUCACCUGUCUCUUUGGCGUAUCUCUGUCUAGCUAACCCCAAAUCUAAAGUUAAUCUUAAAAUAUAUGAACCCUGAUCCAGACAUUCAUUAGUUAUUUCUCACAGUGUAAUUACCACUAGAAAUCCAGCAGACCUUACAGUGACACACCACUAACCAGCAAUCGCAUUGUAAGUAAGCGUGGUAUCUGCAUUGCAUUACCUAAAUAGGACACAAACAUUCUCCUCCUUAAAAUAAAUGUCCUUUAAAUUGUUCUUCUUUUUUUUAAUCAGUAGCCUAUUAAACUAGGCUAAUACCACACUCACAUAAGUUAACCCCCUAAUGGAAGAGAGCAGAUAAAAAAAACACACUAAAGUCCAUCAGAGCCAGUGAAGCAUACUGGGUUAAUAGUUAUUAAAGUGAACAAGAUUCCUGUCCCUCUGUCCAGACAGGAGGGUGGAGUUUAAAGACAACUUUCCUAACCAACAACUACCGGACACUCCGCCUUUCUGCCCCCGGUAAUAGAGCUUCCGUUGCCGAAUUCCAGCGUCAGACACGCACCGGCAACUCCACACUGGACCUCGGUGAACUUUGUGUCUGGAGGAGCGUUUUAACGGAAAAUAAGAAAAUAUAAACCGACGUGGGCUCGGACCCUGUGAAAGUUGAGACUUGUGCGCGUCACGUCAGUGAUAUUUACGACUUGCUGUCCUUCGGGGAACUCAACAGUUGCCAUUUUUGUGUUUUGAGCAGCCGUGAUCCUCCGCGACUUCAGCGCUCCAACAAAAACUAAAAAAAAAAAAAAAGUGACUCGUCAGCGCAACACUUAUCGUGACUCACACACAGUUUCAACACAGUUAAAAGCAGGAUUAAUGACUUCUUUCUCUAUCUCAAGUACGUGUUCCGCUUCGGCUUGACUCACUGGCAGACACACAGAUACACUCAUCCAUCCAGACAGCUGCCUGCCUCCAUGUCUGCCGGGGCCCGAGGCUGGAGCAGCUGAACCGGGCCGCCGCUGGAACAGCCCGGCCCCUGUCAGGUGAAAGGCGUGGCGCUGGGUGGGGGUGCUUUGUUCGAACAACACCUGAGUGUGUGUGUGUGUGUCAGUAACCUGAGAUCUGGGCUGAGCUGGACUCUGUGUUGAGGGACUGAACUAGCGGUUUAUGUCACUCAGAUGAAAAUCUUCCCCCAGAGGGAUCUGUUUACCGCCUCGCAGGCCCAGAUCACGCAGACGCGUAAUGGACGGAUCGCACUCUUCCCCGGUUUGACCCUUCUGACAGACGACUGGAAACUGGGUCAGAGUUGUUUCAGUACUUAACUACUUAUUGACCGGUGGAUUUAUUGAAGUCAUGGCGUUGUCUCAGAUCCAGUGUCUGGACGAUCACCACGUCAACUGGCGCGUGAGCGAGAGCAAACCGGAGUUUUUUUACAGUGAGGACCAACGGCGGGCGGUCGAGGCUCUCAUCUCCCAGGGCCGCGAUGCGUUCAUGGACUACAUCCGCGAGAAUAGCGUCCGGGGGUUCCUCUCGGAACCGGAGCUGGAGCGGAUUGCACACAUAGCGGAGGCCUACCGACCCGGGCACGAACAUCAUCAGAAGCCAGAGACGCCGGGGAACAUCACCCCGGGGUCCGGGGAAGAAGGGGGAGACGGUGAGGUGUCGCUCCAGUACUGGCCAGACCGGUCUGAGGCCUCAGUGGCGGUGCUGGAUCUCGGCUGGCCUGAGGCCAGUUCCUACCGAGGGGUCACGCGCGUGACCGUGCACACCCAACCUCCAGCCGACGGGCACACGCACAUCAAGGAGGUAGUGCGCAAGAGCAUUGCAUCAGCCCAGAAGGUGAUAGCCGUGGUGAUGGAUGUGUUUACAGAUGUGGAUAUCUUUCGAGACCUGCUGGAUGCAGCCUAUAAACGCAAAGUUCCUGUAUACAUAAUCAUUGACAUGGCUGCAGUCCCCUGCUUUCUUUCCAUGUGUGGCAGAGCUGAUAUGCACCGUGGACACCUAAAGAAUUUGCGUGUACGCUGCUGUGGAGGUGUGGAGUUCUACACACGGUCAGCACAGAAGGUGUGUGGAUCACUGAGCCAGAAGUUCCUCCUGGUAGAUGGAGACAGAGCCAUCUCUGGUUCAUACAGCUUCACCUGGUCCUCAUCUCGUUUGGACCGUAACCUCAUCACUGUGAUCACAGGACAGGCAGUGGAGACCUUCGACCUGCAGUUUUGUGACCUUUACCUCAUGUCCAGAGGUGUGUCUCUCAACAAGGUUCCCAUGGUAGAUGAACCAAUCCCUGACCCGCUCCCUCAGAUGGCUCCUGCUCCGGUGUCAGCUGCUAUUGCUAGGAAGCUCAUCAAUCCCAAAUAUGCCCUUGUUGCCACAGGAACCCACACAAGUCCAACUUCUUCUGACCAAAAUUCCAGCAACAAGAACUCAAACUCCCAGAAUCCCACUGGGCUAAAGAUUAUGAAGGGACGUAUUAAGGGGGUUAUCGAAGUGCCACCCAUACAUCCGGGAUUAGCCCACCUGGAGAAAGCGUACCUGAUCCCGUACCUUCCCACCUGGCCAGAGCCAGACCCACCAAGCGACGUGAUUGGCUUUAUCAACAUCACGGAUAACAAGCGAGCCAAUCAGGUUCACUUACAGAGGUCGGAGAGGUUUGAGGUCAGCCAGGCUAUACGCUUCAGCUCACCACUGACGCUACCAGCAAAGACUGAGGUACCUGCUUCAGGUCGGGAUGCAAACAAACAUCCUUCUGGGAAUACAAGUACAGACAUCACUACUCCUGUGACUCCAACCAACAAAGAGCUCAAAGAGCAAACACACACAGCUCAGAAUAAAGACCAAACUGAUGCAACAGAUUCCAGAGGGCCCCCUCAGCAGCCAAACACACCUUUAACACAAGACACACAUGCACACACUCCUACAUCACCAUCCAAUGUUACUGCUGAUUCACAGCCAACAGACAAUGCUAAACAAACUUCAGAGAAUCCAUCACCUGCAGCACCUCCAGUUCCUAAACGCCGCACACUGCAGUUAGUCAUAGACCCUGCCCCCUCAGAGCAGUCUGGCCAACCACAAGUCACUCUGAUGAAAAUGGACCAAUUGGAAAGUCUAGAUGCCUUUAGCAAAAAGAGAACCCGGGAGGAGCUGACGCCAAGCCGUGGCCGCAUAACAUCAAAGGACGACAGCGGGGACUCUGGCAGCAACGGUAACGGCAGCCAAGACAGUACCAAGGUCAUAUGUGACCGAGCAACCAAUGAUGAUCCCUCAAGCACUUCUACAGCAUCAGAAGAGGAGUUUUAUGAUUGUUCACAGCCAGAGCCAAGAGACCCGUUGACCAACGGAGUGACAACAGGGUCAGGUCGCGGGCAUCGCCAAGGAGACGGGGUCAACAUGAUGGCCCGCCUCUCCCAGAGCAUGCUGGAUCUGCGGGAGCCCAGCCAGUCAGAGGACAGCGCUGACCUCAUCCGCCAGUCACAGCAGCUCCGCAGGCAAGCACACCCCUCACCGCAUAGGCACAUAGGACAGUUGUUCCAGACCUCGAAAUCUCCAGGUCGUGAUACGCAACUGAGAGGAGCUAAAGUAGUCAUUGCCAAACCAGGAAGUUUUCACCGUCCCACCCGAGCAACUGGCCCUGUGAUCGGAGGACACCGUUACUGGCAGGGUCAAACGCUGCAGCCUGAUUCGGCACAUCUGCGCGUAGAGACACGCUCCGGCCGGUCGCCACGACGCCACAGCCCGGGCUACAAGAAGACGGAUCACACCUCACCACAGCCGUUGGCCAACCCUUCAGGGUUACUUGGAGUAUCUUUCUCAAAACUGAGCAAUUUAAGACACUUAAGGGCACGAGGUGGAGCGUUGCCAAAGAAUGCGACUCAAAAUAACAAGGCUGCAAGGUAGACCUGAAGUAUAGGUACACAUCAGUGUUGUUGAUACAGACUUCCUGCUAAGAAAUUGGUGACUCUUUAGUGUGGAAUCUUCUCUAUCUCUGGCAUACAUGUCAUUUCCUGUUUUCAAACCCUGAGGCUCAACAUACAAGAACUAUUUAAUUUAAAUUUUUCAACUAUGUCAACAAGGGCUGGUAAUUUGAUUUAAUGAUAUGUUUUCUUUUUUUAAUGAGAUAUUGUCUGUAAAUUAAUCACAUCAACUUUCAAACCAAUUUUACAAUAGAGUUUAGAAUUUUAGAAGCAGAUACUGAUAUCUAGGAGGAAACAAACUCUGAUAAAGAUAUAUCAGCUGACAUUUAUAUGUUUACAAACAUAUGCAUAAACACACACUUGCAUGGAUCCCUUCAAUUUGUUUAUCAAAGAGUUGUGGUAGGAUUUCUACCGGAAGAUAUUUUGUAGGUCUUAACAGACACCGUGUCAGAUUUGGUCAGCUGUGAUAGUCUUCUCUGCCAAAUCAGGCACUUCAGUAUUGUAAACAAUCCCUUAAACAAAUAUUUUUAAAUUACCUCAACUGCUUUUCUUUUUCAGAAUUUUGUACAGUAAUGUUUUUCCAUAUCCAACCUACACAGAUGUGGUGUAUCUGUGACAUGCAGGAUCAGCUGAUUAUGUCUCCCCUCUGAUAUACAAGUCAGGCUCUAGUGUUGAUACCAGUGUGAUUGGUUACUUGUGGUGCGAGGGUGGGGCUAAUGUGUUGAUUGCUUUCACAUAUAUGGCAGAUGUACUGGAUUACCUGUGCAGAUGUGUAGAGAACUGGUAUAUAUGUAGUUUUAAAUACUGGGAUGUGGGACCAAAGGGGGAUGUUGUAAAUAAAAAGACAGAUUGUUGGAAAUAA